GCCUUUUACUGGUAGCAAAAUGUGCUCCUCAGAGCGAGUUCCUUCCUUUGAUGAUUCACGGGAGACCAAGAGGUGGUUUUGUUCCCCUGCCAACGAGAAAUGAGACAUAUGCCCAACAGACAUUAGGCAUCAUCGUGGCAGAUUGGUUUGUAAACAGAGUGAACCAUUUCAGCGAUUAUCCGGAUGUCUACAAUCAGAGGUACUGGUACUAUGAUCAAUGGUACAGGACUGGUGGCCCAGCAUUCUUGAUGCUUGGAGGAGAAGGGGCACAAGAUCCGUCCUGGCUCCAACAAGAAGACCUUGAAUGGAUCCAAUUAGCAAAGCAGCAUGGCGCAAUGCUCUUCCUCCUGGAACAUCGGUACUAUGGUCAAAGCAGGCCCACACCGGACAUGUCGACGGUUAAUCUUUGGACCCUUAGUUCAGCUCAAGCAAUAGAGGACACGGCCGCAUUCAUCAUAGGGAUGAAGGCAAAGUUCCCACAACUGGCCAAUGUUCCCUGGGUUACUUUUGGUGGAUCAUACGCA